AUGAGAAGAAGAUCUGAAAAACCAGAAAGGCUCAGAAAUAGAGCCUGGAGGAACUUUUAUAGGUCAUUUAGUAGUGUAUUUAGUUCUCAGCCUAAGAAAACCUUUUCUGUUGUGGAACAUGACACAGAUAAGACCCUUUCAAGUGAGAGAAUUGAAACCGGCAGGUCCACUCUCCGCGAUAAUUCUCCUAGGAAGUACAUUAGCCUAUUAAACCAGCCAGUUCGAGUAAACAAACGAAGGUCUAACAGUGCCCCGAAUCGGUAUUUGUUCGAAUGUGACAUUUAUAGUCAAAGGGUAGAACCUACAAGAAAUCGCCAUCGCGGAAGGCCUCUACAUGAAAUUCUACAUACAGAGUGCCGUAAAAGUCUGCUAUCAACAGAUGCAAAGGAUUUAGAUCUCAAAGGCUUUGUGAAUUUAGUUUUUGUAAUUCUGGUCGUGAUAAAUUUUAGAAUGGUUGUUUACAAUUUUCGUAAAUAUGGACUGCUUAUGGAAAUUCCUAGGGGUUUUACGGAGAUGUAUGAAGAUUGGCCUCUUUUAAGAUGUACUGUAAAGACACACAUUUGUAUCAUAUUUGCAUGGGCAAUUGAACGAUUUAUAGCCCCUCUAUCUACUACACCAUUGACUAUACCUGUGGUAUUACUUCAAGGACUCAACCUUUGCAUAGUGCUGUUUUAUCCUUAUCUAACUGUUGUACAAUAUAAGACCGAACCAUCUCUCUCCGCAUUAACGCUGGCCACAUCUAUUCUAUGGGCACUUAAAAUGUAUUCGUUUCAUCAUGUUUGUUACGAUUAUAGAAAGUCCGUCUGUAACGGGGAUAAUAUAAUGGACGUUUGCAAAAAUCGGAUGGAAGCAAAAAUUGCAUCUACAUAUCCAUUGUGCAUACAAUUGCUUGAAUUUUAUAGAUUUAUCAUCAUGCCUACCGUUUGUUUUCAGUUUUAUUAUCCAAUGACCCCUCGUAUAAAUUGGAUGGACGUAUUAAAGAAUUUUUUGGAAUUCACAUUUUUUUUGGCAGUCAUAAAAAUUCUUGCGGAUCAAUAUAUUGUUGUUACGGUAACAAACACAUUCACCAUGGAGGAAUUUAAAUCCGCCAAUUUUUUUACUGUUGCAUACCACAUUAUAGACAGGAUGCUUUUACUAUCGAUUCCAAUUUUGUACUGUUGGCUCAUAAUGUUUGUGGUAUUAUUUCACUAUUGGUGUAAUUUGCUGGCGGAAAUUACCAGGUUUGGAGAUCGCAAAUUUUACGGGGACUGGUGGAACGCUUCAUGUUUCGCGGAGUAUUGGAGGAAAUGGAACCUACCCAUACACCAGUUCAUAGUUCGCCAUAUUAGCAAGCCAUUAUACAGUUAUGGACUAUCUUGGGGCUUCAUAAACAUUGUAGUCUUUGUAUUUUCUGCAGCGCUCCAUGAAUAUCUAAUUUCUGUGCCUCUGGGUUUGGGCUGGACAGGAUAUGUUUUUUGGGCAAUGAUGAGCCAGAUUCCCCUUCUCCUCCUCACUGAAAUGGAAUCAAUACGGAAGAACAGAGUUGUGGGAAAUGUUCUAUUUUGGUGUUUAUUCUGUAUCACUGGUCAACCUGUACGUUUACUCUUGCCAUUUAUGCGAAAACUACAGCUCGGAGUUUUGCUCUAUUGGUAUCUUUGGGGUGUAAAACAGGGAUCUACAAUGCAGGAAGAUAUUCUAAAGGUCAUUAGCGAUAGGCUAAACUCGACCAUAAAGGAGACUGACGAGCUCUAUGCCUUUUAUGGGAUCAAGAAAGUAUCUACCGAAUCAGUAAAACAAGGAAGUAGACUCAAGAAGAUCAAUCAGUCAAGCAUCCGUGCCAAUCCUGUUUCGAAUAGCCAUAGACUUGGUCUGUCAUCAUACGAUCGUUCAAGAUGUUUGGACAAUGAAUCUGUUUCUAAAGCACUACCUCCUACUACAAGCAUUGCAAUACACGCCAAUGUGCUUGACAAGUUUGUCACGGAUGCAGAGUAUAAAAUGCAUCUCGAGAGUUUACGCUUGCAGGAUGAAUACAACAAACAACUUGCGUCAAAAUUGGCAAUUGCAAAGAGAGAAAUGCAUGAAUCAAAUGAGCAAAUAUAUACAGAAUUACAGGAGCUGCAUUUGGAAAAGGGUAGGUGGGCUUGCAAUGAAAUUGAAACAAGGAAAAGUCUAUCCUUGGUAAGUGGUAGCUUGGCCAGUUUGCAAAAAUCCUAUGACAACCUUCGCACUGAAGUUGAUACCAAAAACUCCCAGGUGAUUCACCUAAAUGGAGAGUUGGCCAAUCGUGAAAAUACAAUCACAACGCUUAAAAGCAGUCAUACUUUGAUGGAGAAGGAACUACAUGCAAAAACCCAGAGAAUUUUGAGUCUUCAAUCCGAUAUAACUGACCUUUAUGCAAAGUUGGAAUUAGAAAGUAGCAAAUUUUCGAGUGCUAGCAAGGAUGUUUCUUCUCUCAAUGCUUCUUACAAAGAGUUGAAUGAGGAAUACAAAGACCUCAAAGUCAAAUAUGAGGCACUAGUAAUGACAAACAGUUGCCUUUCAAACGAAAAGGAAUCGUUAAUUAAUCGCACCAAGAAAAUUGAACGUGAAUUAUCUGACAUGACCAAAGAGGCGCUAACGCUUCAGUCUAGGAUUCGUUCCAAGGAAAUUUCCGAAUCUACCACAAUUGUUUCUCUGCGUGAAAAGGUCUUGAGUUUAGAAGAAACUCUUAGAGCCACACAGACUGAGUUGGCAUUAUCCGACAAGAGACGUGAAUUGGCGACUAUGGAACAAAAGGUUGCCUCUCUAAACUUGCAAAUUGAAACUCUGAAAACUGACAAUGAUUUGCUUACUAGAGAAAAUUCAACCUUGGAGAAGCAAUUGGCUAGCGAAAAGAAUAAUUCUAAAGAGUACCAAAACGAAUUAUUUGCUACAAAAUGCCAACUUAAUAGCUUAAAGUGUGAAAUGAAGGCAAGAGGUUAUGUGCAUCAAAACAUUGUUAAAAGGCACAACACAGAGCCCCUUGAGGACAUGCAAGAACGACCGCACGAAGAACAAUGUGGUAAGUGCGAGUACAAGAAAAGGGACUUGUUUGCUCCAACAAUGUUUGAUGGUCCUGAUGCAGAAACCCAGGAAAAAAUUGAUGCCCUGGAGCGUGAAUUGACAAAGUUGCAAUUAGAAAAGGAUAAAUUGGAAUCGGAAAUGGUACGUUGUAAAUUAGGUGUAGAAUCAACUGCUCUCGAACGCAGAAGACACUUUACUCUUGAGCAAGAGUGUGCGAAAAUACGCAAAGAUAUGCAAACUGUAUGUAGUAAUAUAAAGCAGCUUUACAAUAAUUAA